AUGGCGGAGGCUCUCCAGUUGUUCAGUGCUCACCCGCUCUUGGGCGAUACCCACAAAGUUCACAGGUGGAGAGACAAUGGCACAAGCAUCAGACAAGCAGUCGGCAAUGCACCCGGCACCGGCAAAGCACCCGGCAACGGCAAAGCACCCGGCAACGGCAAAGCACCCGGCAACGGCAAAGCACCCGGCAACGGCAAAGCACCCGGCAACGGCAAAGCACCCGGCAACGGCAAAGCACCCGGCAACGGCAAAGCACCCGGCAACGGCAAAGCACCCGGCAACGGCAAAGCACCCGGCAACGGCAAAGCACCCGGCAACGGCAAAGCACCCGGCAACGGCAAAGCACCCGGCAACGGCAAAGCACCCGGCAACGGCAAAGCACCCGGCAACGGCAAAGCACCCGGCAACGGCAAAGCACCCGGCAACGGCAAAGCACCCGUCAACGGCAAAGCACCCGUCAACGGCAAAGCACCCGUCAACGGCAAAGCACCCGUCAACGGCAAAGCACCCGUCAACGGCAAAGCACCCGUCAACGGCAAAGCACCCGUCAACUAUGACUGCACCAGUGAAGACAUUGUAAAUGGGCCCAAUUUCAUGGCUUCUUCUGGUGAUGAGGGUGAAGUGAGCGAGACCACUGACACGGUCUAG